GCGGGGCUGUGCGCUGUGUUCUGAGUGAAGGCGGCGGCAGGGUUCGGGCUGCGCGGGGACAGCGGGUUCGGGUCUGGGGUGGACGCCACCGGCCGGAGCAAGGCGGCCAGAACCGAAGUCCCGGCCAGUCUUCAGGACCCGGCAGAGACCGUCAGGGCCAAGGCGGGGGCUCGCGUCCCAGAGGACGGAGGCUGGGGCUGAGCGGAGUGCCCGGGUCGGGGCGCGCCAGAUGAUGGAUUUGGAUGUCCUUCUAUGAAGCAAUGCCACGUGGUCCAAAAGCAAACAUGUCUGGGCUGCUGCCAUCUUAGGAAUCCAGGGCCUGGAGACAGCUCUUCCCUGAGGAAUCAGGAGAGGUGUGACCCAGGAACAAGAAGCACAUCCUCACCAAUGACAUCAUGACAGCAAGAGAGCACAGCCCUCGCCAUGGUGCCAGGGCCCGUGCGAUGCAGCGGGCUUCCACCAUCGACGUGGCAGCCGACAUGGUGGGCCUCUCUCUGGCAGGAAAUAUCCAAGACCCAGACGAGCCCAUUUUAGAAUUCAGCUUAGCUUGCAGUGAGCUGCACACUCCAUCGCUAGAUCGGAAACCAAAUAGUUUUGUGGCUGUGAGUGUCACCACCCCUCCGCAGGCGUUCUGGACGAAGCAUGCGCAGACGGAGAUCAUUGAGGGAACCAACAAUCCUAUCUUUCUAAGCAGCAUCGCCUUCUUUCAAGACUCCCUCAUCAACCAGAUGACACAAAUCAAGCUGUCUGUGUACGAUGUCAAAGACAGAUCUCAGGGAACAAUGUAUUUAUUGGGCUCUGGAACCUUCGUUGUCAAAGAUCUGCUCCAGGACAGGCAUCACAGAUUGCAUCUGACACUGAGGUCUGCAGAGAGUGACCGAGUAGGCAACAUAACUGUGAUCGGCUGGCAAAUGGAGGAGAAGUCGGACCAGCGGCCCCCUGUGACCCGGUCUUUGGACACCGUCAACGGGAGGAUGGUUCUGCCCGUUGACGAGAGCUUGACUGAGGCAUUGGGAAUCCGAUCCAAAUAUGCUUCUUUGCGAAAAGACACUUUGCUGAAAUCAGUGUUCGGUGGCGCCAUCUGCCGCAUGUACCGGUUCCCCACCACUGAUGGCAACCACCUACGGAUCCUGGAGCAGAUGGCAGAGAGUGUCCUCUCCCUGCACGUGCCUCGGCAGUUUGUGAAGCUGCUGCUGGAAGAAGAUGCAGCCAGAGUUUGUGAGCUGGAAGAGUUGGGGGAGCUGUCUCCUUGCUGGGAGAGCCUCCGAAGGCAGAUUGUCACCCAGUAUCAGACCAUCAUCCUCACCUACCAGGAAAACCUGACGGACCUCCACCAGUACAAAGGUCCUUCAUUUAAAGCAAGCAGUUUGAAAGCAGAUAAAAAGUUAGAAUUUGUUCCCACAAACCUGCACAUACAAAGGAUGAGAGUUCAAGACGAUGGAGGCUCAGAUCAGAACUACGACGUGGUCACUAUCGGAGCCCCAGCAGCACACUGCCAAGGUUUUAAGUCAGGAGGUCUUCGAAAAAAGCUGCACAAGUUUGAAGAGUCCAAGAAACACAGUUUUGAGGAGUGUUGUACAUCAUCUAGCUGCCAGUCCAUAAUCUACAUACCACAGGACAUCAUCCGAGCCAAGGAGAUCAUUGCCCAGAUCAACACCCUGAAAACCCAAGUUAGCUACUACGCAGAACGGCUCUCAAGGGCAGCCAAGGACAGGUCUGCCACUGGCCUUGAGAGGACACUCGCCAUCUUGGCAGACAAGACCCGGCAGUUGGUCACUGUCUGUGACUGUAAGCUGCUGGCCAACUCCAUCCACGGGCUGAAUGCCGCACGGCCUGACUACAUCGCUUCCAAGGCCUCCCCUACCUCGACUGAGGAGGAGCAGGUGAUGCUUCGGAAUGACCAGGACACCCUCAUGGCCAGGUGGGCAGGGAGGAGCAGCCGGUCUUCCCUGCAGGUGGACUGGCAUGAGGAGGAGUGGGAGAAAGUGUGGCUGAAUGUGGACAAGAGCCUGGAGUGCAUCAUCCAACGGGUAGACAAGCUGCUGCAGAAGGAGCGUCUGCAUGAGGAGGGCUGUGAGGACGUUUUCCCCUGUUCAAGCACCUGCUCCAGCAAGAAAGGUAACCGGGGCAGCCAAGCCUACUGGAUCAGACCGGAGGACCCCUUCUGUGACGCCCCCUCCUCGACAUGUCCCUCCUCCAUGCCCACUGCUGCAUGCCAUCCUCACCCAAGCACACAUUGCAGCCCCCCUCCUGAAGAGUCCAGCCCAGGUGAAUGGAGCGAGGCCCUUUACCCUCUGCUGACCACCCUCACAGACUGUGUGGCCAUGAUGAGCGACAAAGCCAAGAAGGCCAUGGUCUUCCUGCUCAUGCAGGACAGUGCCCCCACCAUUGCCUCAUACCUGAGCCUGCAGUACCGCCGUGACGUCGUCUUCUGCCAAACCCUGACGGCCCUCAUCUGCGGCUUCAUCAUCAAGCUGAGGAACUGCUUGCACGAUGACGGCUUCCUGCGGCAGCUCUAUACCAUCGGGCUUCUGGCCCAGUUUGAGAGCCUGCUGAGCACCUACGGAGAGGAGCUGGCCAUGUUGGAGGACAUGAGCCUUGGCAUCAUGGACUUGAGGAACGUGACCUUUAAAGUCACCCAGGCCACUUCGAAUACAUCAACUGACAUGCUGCCGGUCAUCACAGGAAACCGUGAUGGCUUUAAUGUGCGGAUCCCUCUGCCUGGACCGCUGUUCGACUCCCUGCCCCGAGAGAUCCAGAGUGGCAUGCUGCUGCGGGUGCAGCCAGUCCUCUUCAACGUGGGCAUCAAUGAGCAACAGACACUGGCUGAGAGGUUUGGAGACACAUCCUUACAAGAAGUCAUCAACAUAGAGAGCUUGGUGCGGUUGAAUUCCUACUUUGAACAGUUUAAGGAGGUUUUGCCGGAGGACUGUCUACCUCGAUCUCGGAGUCAGACUUGCCUGCCAGAGCUGCUGCGGUUCCUAGGACAGAACGUCCAUGCACGCAAGAAUAAGAAUGUGGACAUCCUCUGGCAAGCUGCUGAGGUCUGCCGCCGCCUUAAUGGGGUCCGAUUCACCAGCUGCAAGAGUGCCAAGGACCGCACAGCCAUGUCGGUGACGCUGGAGCAGUGCCUGAUCCUGCAGCAUGAACACGGCAUGGCCCCGCAGGUCUUCACACAAGCCCUGGAGUGCAUGCGCAGCAUUGGAACACGGGAGGUAGUCACCCAGAAGAACUUGAGCGGCCUGGUGCCCAUCCGAGACUUAAGGCUAGACCCCAGCCUCCUUUGUUCCAUUCCUUUAUUAGCUCUGAGCCCCAAUUUACUGAUUGUGUGGCUCUUUCUGAGCAUAGCGUACCUGGUGACCAAAUUGCGUUGCAAGUAAAUAUCAUUAUGAAAAAUUAAAUUAGUCACAGGACAGACAAAAGUGCCCGAAUAUGUCCAGCCACCGUGUACCAAACUGGACAGAAGGAAUGUGUCCAAGCGAGGUCUGCCGAGAACUAUCUCAUGCCUUACAGUUUGAUGUUUUGUUCUUCUGAACUGUAAAUACCUGCUAAAUUCUUUCAUCGAGAGGACUCGUUCAUUUUGAUGGCGUAGCGUCUUCAGUGCUUGUAACAUGUUUUUCUGGUGCCCUGUGACUGCAUUCUUUAGCUGGCCUGGAAUUACUUGUACCAAAUAUCUUACCUUCUGAUGUGUAACUAUUUAUUCCAUGUACAUCUUGUGUGCCCUGUUCCAAGAGAAAGGGCUGCUGUCUGAAAAGAGUUUGUAUAUUUGAUACUAUUCCUUCAGUGUGUUGCUGACCUUCCUAGCCUUUUGAAGAAAUCAACAAGAAAAAGAUGCUUUAUUCGUUUAUCUAGAUACCCCUGCUUGAUAGGACUGGACUUCCCACUUUCCUUUCAAAGCGUAGUCCUGGGAUUGCAAUAGCAAGCAGAUUGUAGAGUCACACUCCCCUGCUCCCAGCUGUCUCCACGUGGGGACGACACAGCUGUGGAUCCAGGAGCACAUGCCACCGAGUCUAGCACACAAAGAUUACAUGUUGCAUGUGACUUCAGGGUUACUCGUAACACACAUAGUAGCAAGAGUUAUAUACUUUUUUUUUAAAUAACUUUUUUUUAAUUUACAAAUUGUAUGUUUUAUUCCAGAUGAAGUCUAGAUAUCUUUUUUCUUUUACUAAUACAAUAAGGUUAUAUAUAAUGAACAAAAAAAAAUCAGAGAAAAUGAUUUUUAAAAAUGAGGCUUAAGUUUUAGCAGUUGUGUGAGAGAGAGAGCUGUGAGAAAGGGAGAUGGCUGUGGUUUUGCCAUGAUCACUCUUAAUUUUAACAUGGCACUGCCCCUAAAAUAGGAUGACUACUCACCCGGACAUUCAUGUGGCAGAGAGUGAUUGUCCUCCAUAAAAGUAACCAAGUAGCCUAGGAAAGAUUCCCCUUGCCUUGUGGCCUUGUUUAAGAAAUAGUGAAUGCCUUCCCCACCUCCCAGUUCAUAGUAGGUUGUAUUUCUGCUUUUGACCUCCAGUUCGAUGAAGGAGAUUUCUUUUCAUGAGUCUUGUAGGAAACCUGGAGUGACUUAGAGAAUCUGGAGUUUCGAGUAUCUUGACAUUCUCAUGCCCACAAACCCAUCCACCAGAGCUCUAGCCUCUCUAGUCUAUGAGAUUUCCUGACAGUACUUGGAGGACUGCCUCUGAUCUGGCUUCAUCUCGGAGAGUGACAUGGAGGAGCUGCAGAGCAGUUAGUAGCGAAUACCAGACGCCAGACCAAAUCUGUCAGUUGGGCUGAGGAAGGUUGUCCUUACCACACCUGAGGAGUGCCCUUUUUUGCAGAUCUGAGCACCACAGAUUCCCCCGGGCAGGCUCGCCUCAGAGUUCCCACAUAAACAGGUCUACUUGUCUCUCCUAGUAGAAACGUGGUGACAGCUCUGUGGCAUCUCUCAGUUUAGUGUUUCAGCCACUGCCCAUCUGACAUUAGUCACCAGACAGACUUGUCCAGUCAGUGAUUCUUGGAAAGGAAUAUUUGAUAGAUGCCCUUUCCCUUCAAAGCAUGUGCUUCAAGCCCAACAGACCAUUUUGUUUGCUUCAUCUGAACAGGGGAGAGAGAGUCCAUAGUCUCCUUCCAUCCCCAUCCCACGGCCCCCAUUCCUUGCUCUCGGUUGGUACCCUCCAGGUAACAUGGAGGUGACUCAGGAAUGCAUCAUUUCCAGGGUUGUGCUGUGGCCAUGCAAAGACCAUAGACAGACGAGGGAAGUCUCUAGAAGUAACUGCAGAGACAGCACCCUCUGUCCCCUGUGGCCCAGGAUUCCACAGCUCUUUGCAGGGACUCUUCUCAGGACUAUUAUACAGCAAAGGGAAGCAGUGCUGGUUAGAGAAAUCUCCGCCCACACCUCAGGCAGGGAGAAUUCCUGUCGGGGACACUAUGGUCUGUUGUGGUGCCGAGCCCCCCUCCUGGCCUAUACAGCCCUGGCUGUUGGAUCAGAAGGGCAAACAAUGAGAUUCCUUGUCUGUCUCUUCCAGGGGUGAGUAGAAAGCCGUACACCACCCUGUGCCUCCAGGUACAAAAGGCUGGCUGGCUCUGGGAGUCCACCCCAGCAGGGGGGAUUGGGGAUUUGAAUCAGCUUUUUUCCUCUAACAUACUGGGGAGGUGGGGAGACCAACCUUCAGUCUGUUUAUCCUUUAUACUGGAUUUUAAUGUCAUGAAGGUCUUUUGCUCAUGAAACCAAGCCAAAUAUGUAUUCAAAAUCUUGUCUACAUCAAGAAAUGAGGAGAAACAGGAUAAGGAGAUGAUUCAAGCUAGGCACUGUUGGUGUUGGCUGAUGGCAUCUGGGUUGCUUCUGAGUAAUCCUGAGCUGUGGUACGGUGCCUGGUCAGAGCUGCAUCCUCUGCAGCAGCAGCUUUUGAAGGAGAGAGCCAUGCUGACGCCACUGCCUUCUCCUGUACUCACUCAGAUGGAGAUACUGAAACAGGGACGUGGUCCUUCUACAGAGUCACUCAUGUCUACUGUGGCAUGGCCUAGACAUGGAGGCCUUCAGAUGAACGCUAAAGUGGAAGCCCCUCCCCCCUCAAAAGAAGGAAAAGCAGAGGUCUUAGGAUUGUCCUUUAGAGUUUCCAUUCAAAUUUCCAAAGUUGAUGUCCUUGAAAUGAAGUAAUUCUUGAGAUAAUAAAUCAGGAAUUGUCCAAUAACUAAAUCUCUCUCGUUAAAAUCUGCCUAAAGCCUUGCCAUGUACUAUUGCCUGCUAACAACACUGGAACAGUGUGGUCAGUGAAAGUGUGCUGCUUCAGGCCAUCAUGCAGGACUCUGCCACAGGGCACCCUUUACCACCUCUGCAGACCUUGUCCCAAACCUUCAAGCCAGUCCACGGACACCUGCAGAUCAUGCCAAUAGUGUCAGCAUGCAGACAGGGCAUAUCAGCCUGGCUAGAAACAUGUAGAAGAAACAAUUUGAUUUAAAAGUCAAAUUAAAGGCACAAUUUGAAUUGCAAGCUCACGUACAAUGUAUGCAGUCAGCUAAACCUAGUUUUAGUUCUUUUCACAGGUAAAUACAGAGACUGUCAGUUUUUAAGUUAUCAUUUGGCAUCUACUGGGUAGCUGGGCUUGAGGGCCUUCUGUAUCAAUGGAGAAGCCAUAUGUGAAGUAGUCUGUCAGGCCAGGAGCUUCCAAAGACAUGGCAGGUUCACUGUGCACGGGAACUCAUAGCUUCUGCUUUACAUAGAGUUGUAUUUGUAUCUGAUUACUGAGUGUUCAGCAGAUGCUGUCGUUUGCUCUGGGUGGCCCAGGUUUUUAGCUCAGGUGACACAUCCAGCCUAUGGCUUGAGGCUCUGGAACAAGGACAUGCAGAGUGGCUGUAUCUGUCAACAGCAAGCAGGUGGAUGCUUCUCUAAACUGCCUGGUCUUAUCUCUUUUGAAUAAGCACUACUGUCCCACCAAAACCUCCUUGACAUGUUCUUAAUCAGGGGACUGUCAUUCUCAUUUUGAAAGGCUUUGGCUGCUAUUUUUUAAUGUAUGUCAUGUGAUCUUCAUAAGAUUUGAAAUACUUUUUUAAAAUCACUGUUUUCUUGGUAACUGCAAAUUUUACAUCUCAGAAGGGGGAUUUUUUUACUGAACUUGACAACUACUUGAUUUCAUUGCUACUCUUUAAACAUUAUAAAAAUAGCAAGUUUUACUGUGUUGUGGAAAGGAAUUUAUAUUAAGAAUCAUUUUUGGCUAUUAAUUUUAAGCCACUCCAGAGCAUUGCCCAGAGAACUCCCUUGAGGUUCACUCUGAGGCCUCCCUGGCUCUUCAUCCUCUUGCUGGGUACCAUUUGUUUUUGCCCCUGGGUUGCUAUGACACCCCUCCAUUGAGUACUGCUGGGAUUCACGCUGGUAGUGAGUUCUCCAGGGAAGAGCACCUGUGGGCUCACGUUGGGCUCAGUGGCGCUUAUACAAGAAGUAGUUGUACUGAAAGCAGCCCACUUGGAGAAGGUGCCUCGUGGCCACCAGGAGAUCAGUGGAGCCUCCACAGCACAUCCGCCUGGUAGCCAUGAGCAUGUGGACCUGCUCUGCAGACAGCGCCUGGGCCUAUCUGGGCACUUUGCUCUUGAACAGUCGCCCCUAGGUGGAGACAGAUACCAAAGCAGCCUCCUCGGCCAGAUGGCUUUUGCUACCUGCUGAAUUCUGCAAGAAAAAUCGGCAUCUGGGUUUUGAUGUGGUCACAGAUUUUGCUAACGUACAAAAGGUACAGUGUUUGAGAAGCUAUGGUAAGAGUUAAAUAUCCCCGUUCGUUCAGUUUGCUGUCUAAAAAUCUUUGAACCACAAGUUGAUAGUACCCCAGAUAACCAAAACUAAGAUACACACAAAAUCAUGUAUUUUUAAAAUAAUUGUGUCUGCUAAAUACAACAUCGCUCUGGAAGUGCCAGCCCACAGCGCAUCCAGCAUGUAUCCAUCUGUGUGCUUUUUACCUGCUUCGUUCAGAAACCCUCCAUCUUAUGUGUGUUUGUUAUAAAUGAGUCCAGCACCCAUCUUAUUAACCUUUGUUUAAUGCUAUGGGAAUAAUCAGUUCAUUUCCUUUAAGUCUUUUCUUUUUCCUUUUUCACUGCUGUCAUUUCUUGUGCUUGUUUUUUCCCCAGUGAGGGUUGUCGGAGAGAAAAUACAAUGAAGAAUGUUGGAAGUCGCAAAUAUGCGUUUAACUCCCUGCAGCUGAAGGCCUUCCCCAAGCAUUACAGGCCUCCAGAAGGGACUUACGGAAAAGUUGAGACAUGAACACACGGUGUCCUCUAAUUAGCUGUUAUGUAACCAAUGUGGGUACCCUCUAGUGUCACAUAUGAUUCUUCAAGAAGACCCGAAGGAUUCGUUUUUAUUUUUGUGUUUUUAAAAAGACUUCACUAAAGAGUCUAUGGAGCAUGAUUUUGUGUUGGAAUCUGUAGGGGUCCUGUGUGGCUCAAUAGCGUGGAUAGUAAUGGCUGCCCUUACCAAUAGCUUUCAGCUGUAACUAUACAGUUAAUGUCCUAGUUCCUAGAAGAAGCCAGCUUGGUGUGUCUGAAACUCCAGGAGACUUUUUCAAAUGCCCACUUAGGCACUGCUCACCCAACUUAUUUUUCUAUUCAGUAACUCACACGUGAGCAUUGACUUCAAGUCUACUUUCAAAAAGUCUGAAUGUAAAACAGGAAGUACUCACCCCAUUAAACUCCAGGUCCCAGGCAGAGUAGGAGGUGUUAGCUCAGCUUGGGGAAAAGAAGUCAGCACCUUUGUGUUGUGAGAGAAGCCGGUUCUAGUGGCCCCCAAAGGCCACUGCUCUCUGUGAAACCCAAAGUCGAAGGGAAGCUUGAUCAGUCACACCAGGGGCUCAUGCACCCGGGGCCACACCGCUUCCUGCCCCUUCAAGUCCUAGAAGAGUGUCUGCUUGAGAUCUAAAACCAACCAUGAGGUCCCUGGACUCAGCCUCCUCAUAAGCUCCAUGUUUAGGUCCACACCCACAGGGCAUAUCUCCCUUGUUGGCAAUCGAGACCUUCACUAUGGCUUGUCAGGUGUCUGGGAGACAACUCUUUAGUUGGUGAUUUAGGGGCAUAGAGACAGUAGACGCAAAUAUUUUCAGAAUAAAUGUUCUUCUGGGAUGUUUCUAAUCAUCUUCUAGAAGGCCACAAAUCAUGUGUGAAUGUCUAAAGAAACCAUUUUAGUUUUUGGUUUAUAGUAAUUGUUACUAUUCUUCUGUUAUAUGACUAUUGAGAAACAGUUCAAACUAUCCCCUACAUUGAGAGCCCGAGAGGGGUUUGUGAGACAGGAAAGUUAGGGAUUUCAUAGACAAUUUAGUCUGUCAUCUUUUACAAGGUGAUGAUGAGUCUUAUCUGCACAUAGCAGAUUUUUUUCCUUAGAAUUUAUAUGUUUUAUAAAUUCUGUUAAUCAUAGUUCUGUUUACAUGUUAUUUAAAAGGCUGUAAAAGAAGUGUAUAUGGAGUAUAACCCAUGAUGCUGAUACCAAUUGUGAGCACCAUGGGAAUUCUUAGAGAGGUCUAGCUAGUUUUCUUUUGGCUCCUUUAGAAACAUGUAACAGACUUGAACCUGGGACAUGGAGGCAUAGAUAGCCCAGUCCUUGGACAAGAGUGAGGGAGGGUGCAGGCACCCCUUUCUACCGGUGCGUAGCCUGGCCUGCUGCUUCGGGGAAGAGGUCCUCUGCUGAGGGGCAGCUCACUGCCCACUUCAGAGUGCACUGUGGAAGUGAGGGACAGGGAGCGCCCAGCAUCCAACCCCCCCACAGGGGGCCGUUCUGCUGGUAUCCGAUUCUCCCACAGCCCCAGAGGCUGCUGGGGCUCAGUGGGGCUGGCUAAGCCCUUUCCCUCUUCUGUGGUCCAUUUACUCUUACGUUUCUAGUUUCUUUUUUUUUUUUUUUUUUUUUUUUUCUCAUUUUGACAUCACUGCCUUUUUAAAUAUUGCUUUGGACUUUGAAAUGAAAUGUUCCCGUGUUCUCCAGCUCUCCUUCCUGUCUGAAGGGCAUUACCAAUCCACACUUAGAAAGGGAAUAGAGCAAGAGCUGACUCACCUGUCGGCCGCUCUGCAUGUGAAUUACUUUCUCAGUCUUUGUUUUAUACCAUGAAUCACUGUAAACCUCUCAGACUUGGUUAAUCACGGAAGGGACUGUGGCUUCAGUGUUUUCUCUGAAGGCAUUGUGACUGGCUCCCAGCGCAGAACACGUUCCCGGCUUGCCAGGAAGGCACACCUGGCACUGCAUGGGCGCAGGCAGCUCCCUCCGCCCCAGGAGGCUGAGCUGUUCACUGUAGGUGGGACACGGUUUUCCUGGUGGCCAUAGAGAGGACGUGCCGUCCACCGUCUGCCCCCACUUCAGAAGGAAUGUGCGGUGUCUGGACAGCUGGGAGUGCCGUGUGGAUCCCGUCGGCUCCUGCAGCAGAGCUGCCUGUACUCUCCUUUAAAGAUGUAAAAAUAGUGUAUAAUACUGUUUUAUCCCCCCCCCCACACACACACACACUUGUACUUGCCAAGCUUAGUGCAUUUAAAUACUUGUAUUUAUUUGUUUGGGACAGUAUUAAUAUAUAUGAACAUAUAGUUACUGUUUUAUAUAUUCUUAGCUCACUUAAAGCCAUGUAUGCUGUAAAUGUGCUUGUCUUUAGAAUGGGAAAUAAUAAAAACUGACAAGAACAUUA